UAAUAAUAUAUAAUGAUAAGAGAGUGAGGGGGGAUGGGGGUUACACCGAGCUGGUAACAAGGGUAUAAAAGAGCCAGGACGAAAAGGAGACAAAGUACACGAGGCGCCAACUUGUUCAGAAACCAGACCCGCAAAUAUACAGAAUGUCUCAGCCAGAGGUUAAGAAGAAGAAGAGGCCAGUUGUAAAGGAGGAGGACCUGAAAGGAGCCCGCAGUAAACUGGGGUUGAAGGGAGAGGUCAAGAGCAAAACAUACGAGGUCAUGGUGGAGUGUGAGCGCAUGGGGAAGGUGGCGCCAUCUGUUUUCAGUGGAGUAGGAUCUGGAAGCGAGACAGUGCUUGAGAAACCCAAGCCUCCAUCAGGAAGCGUGUUUGGCAAAUGAGUGCAGAAUGGACAAAUGGACUCUGGGUUUUAAAUGUAUGUCCAUGAGCACAGAGUAUACUUUUGGCAUCCACAUCAUGAAUUAAUCAACUUUACUUUUUGAGUAUUUGUGUCGCAUAUUUGUAAGUAUUAGUGUAUGGGUUUUUUUAUACUGUUUUUUUGUUGCUAAACAUGUUGCACUUGUAAAAAAUUCCAUUGCUAAAAAUGAGUCACCAAGUAUGGUCUCUCUGUCAUGCCGCAUACAAACAUGUCUUUCAUUUCAAUCCAUGUGAACAAAUAUUAAUUGUUGCUUGUGCAAAUUUGAGAAAAGAGGGUGGAGUACAAAUGGAAAUAGGUGCUCAUUAAAGGAUGUAGUCAUCCAAAAUGUCAUUUUCAAGUUUGGGUUAAAAUUCUAUGGCUUUUAAUUAGUACAUCCAUGAGACCAUUUCAACAACACCAGUAAAGCAAAUCCACAGCUGCAUGAAAUUGCAUGGUGUUUUGUCAGGGAGAUUCCCAUCAUUUGAUAAAGUGACAAAACAACAUGAAAGACACAAAGUCCAGCUGUAAAUUAAUUUAUCAGAUAUUUUGCUAUGACCUGGAUAAAUAAAAAUCUUCCUGCUGCGUAA